AUAAAUUGAUCGUGUUCAUCCUACAGAAUGUGACGUCACAUCAGUAAACGUGACGACAGAUAAUGCCUGUACUGACGUUGAUUAUGACGCCAUCGUGAUGCCGAACAUAACAGUAGAAGGAACCACCAUAACAUAUCCCUGCAAAAGCUUGUUGAUACAUACAACAACUCAUACUGAAUAUUGUCCUGUACAACUUUGUCAAGCAAGUGGUAUAUGGAGAGAAGCAACAUUGUCAUGUGGGGUUUCUGAAUGCAUCAAAGAUUCAUCAGAGGAUUAUAUAGGAAAAAGAAUAUGCACUUUUUCCGGCAAAAUAUGUCAACGAUGGGAUAACUCCUUGUUCCAAGAAUAUGAUAUGAAUAAGGCGCAUAAUUACUGCCGAGAUCCAAAGGGAUCUAGGGGCACUCCUUGGUGCUACACAGAAAACAACAGCACAGAAUGGGAAUUUUGUGGCAUACCGGAUUGCACAGAUGUAACUGUUAACCAAGGCAUUUGUCCAGACGAUUACUGUGGAGAUCCAUCACCAGUUCUUACCACAGACAAUGUGUGUAGCCAAACCAAGGUCGCCGGUGAUUACCUUAGAAACAUCGAUUCUAUCAUAAAGUACGUCUGCAAGGUGCUGUUAAAUGGCUUCUACUCAUCGGGCAGUUAUUGUCCGGUAAGGACUUGCCAAGAGAGCUUAUUCUGGAAUUCUGUGUCACUUUCCUGCGGAAGUACGUAUAUACAUGAACAUUUCACGAGGCUGGCACAUACUGUAGAGACCCGAAUGGUACAGAAGGUCAGCCGUGGUGUUUUAUAA